CCGCCGCCGGCUCCCGCCGCCCGGGCCCGGCCGGCCGCGCCGGGGGCCGCCGCGCUCGUCCGCCUCCCGCCGCGAGGUCGCCGCAGACAUGGACACCAAACAUUUCCUGCCGCUCGACUUCUCCACGCAGGUGAACUCCUCUUCCCUCAACUCCCCCACGGGGCGCGGCUCCAUGGCCGCCCCCUCGCUGCACCCCUCCCUGGGGCCUGGCAUCGGCUCCUCGCUCGGCUCCCCGGGACAGCUGCACUCGCCCAUCAGCACCCUGAGCUCCCCCAUCAACGGCAUGGGCCCGCCCUUCUCGGUCAUCAGCUCCCCCAUGGGCCCCCACUCCAUGUCCGUGCCCACCACACCCACCCUGGGCUUCGGCACCGGCAGCCCCCAGCUCAACUCGCCCAUGAACCCCGUGAGCAGCAGCGAGGACAUCAAGCCCCCGCUGGGCCUCAACGGCGUCCUCAAAGUCCCGGCCCACCCCUCGGGGAACAUGGCGUCCUUCACCAAGCACAUCUGUGCUAUCUGCGGGGACCGCUCCUCAGGCAAGCACUAUGGGGUGUACAGCUGCGAGGGCUGCAAGGGCUUCUUCAAGCGGACGGUGCGCAAGGACCUGACUUACACCUGCCGGGACAACAAAGACUGCCUGAUUGACAAGCGGCAGCGGAACCGGUGCCAGUACUGCCGCUACCAGAAGUGCCUGGCCAUGGGCAUGAAACGCGAAGCUGUGCAGGAGGAGCGGCAGCGGGGCAAGGACCGGGCUGAGAACGAGGUGGAGUCUACAAGCAGCGCCAACGAGGACAUGCCCGUGGAGAAGAUCCUGGAGGCCGAGCUGGCCGUCGAGCCCAAGACCGAGACGUACGUGGAGGCAAACGUGGGGCUGAACCCCAGCUCGCCCAAUGACCCCGUCACCAACAUCUGCCAGGCGGCCGACAAGCAGCUCUUCACCCUGGUGGAGUGGGCCAAGCGGAUCCCACACUUCUCCGAGCUGCCCCUGGACGACCAGGUCAUCCUGCUGCGGGCAGGCUGGAACGAGCUGCUCAUCGCCUCCUUCUCCCACCGCUCCAUAGCCGUGAAGGACGGCAUCCUCCUGGCCACCGGGCUGCACGUCCACCGCAAUAGCGCCCACAGCGCGGGGGUGGGCGCCAUCUUUGACAGGGUGCUGACGGAGCUGGUGUCCAAGAUGCGGGACAUGCAGAUGGACAAGACGGAGCUGGGCUGCCUGCGCGCCAUCGUCCUCUUCAACCCUGACUCCAAGGGGCUCUCGAACCCGGCCGAGGUGGAGACGCUUCGCGAGAAGGUCUACGCGUCCCUGGAGGCGUACUGCAAACACAAGUACCCCGAGCAGCCAGGAAGGUUUGCAAAGCUGCUACUUCGUCUGCCGGCCCUGCGCUCCAUCGGCCUCAAGUGCCUGGAACACCUCUUCUUCUUCAAACUCAUCGGGGACACGCCCAUCGACACCUUCCUCAUGGAGAUGCUGGAAGCCCCGCACCAAAUGACUUAGGCCCCCGGCCGUUCUUCGCACCCGCCGGUCCGGCCGCCCCGCCCGGCUGCCAGCAGCUCUUCUCAGCCGAGCCCGCCCCGCCCCUCCUCUGCCUGGAUGUUUGGACUUGGGGGCGUGGCCUGUCACUGCUAAGCCUGAGAUGUGCUGCCACCCUCGUCAUUUUCAGUACUACUCGACUGGACCGGGCAGUGGCCAUGCUGGGGUGGCAGCCGGAGUGGCAGGAACUGGUGUGAGCCCCGGGGGAGCCCGGGCGGCUCACGGGGUCUCAGGCCCCCGCCCCCGGAGCUGCAGCGGUCAGAGGGUGGCUUUGUUCCGUCACUGUUUUGUUGUCGCGAGGUCCUCUGUUUGCAGGGAUCCCUCUGCCUCCUGUGUGUGCUGGCAACCUGCCAGCCCGGCCUCACCCACAAUCGGGAGGAGGGGACAGGUGGGGGGGUUGGCAUUUCAUUGCAAAAGACUCCACCUGCCCCCUGGGAAGACGGGAGGGGCUCUGGGGCAAGCAGCCUUGUCUCCCCUCAGAAUGAAGGGUGAGCAACCCCUGUUUCCAAAGAUGACUUUCAGCUUUGUCCCCGAGCCAGUCAGAACAGAAGCUGACCUCUGUGCAGGGUUUUGGGGCCACCUCAAGGCUGCAGGGACUGGAGUCACCUGCCCACCCCACCCCACCUCAUUUCUCUCUUUGCAUCGUCCUGGUUUCAGCUUCUUGUCCCACAUGGUCCUGUCCAGCCCUGGGUAACCAACCCCCACCCCGCCCCCAAAUCUUGCAGUCUGUGCCCAGGGCCAAGGCUGACCCCAGUCCCCAGUCCUGGAGGGCUAGCCUGGUCUCUGGCCCUCCUGGAAGCACUGGAGGGCCAUGCCGACCUGGGCUCUGCUGACCUCUCAAGGGCAGAGGUCAUCACCAAGGAGGCCCACAGGGACGGGAGGAGAGGAGAGUCACUUUCCCCAGAGGGUCCUCGGGCAGCUGUGCACGUCGAAGGAGGGACUUGUGGGCGCAUGGCUCGGGGCAGGGGGCAGAUGGUCCAUUCUGGAAUGCUCUGGGUAGGGAGGCCCCUUCGCUGGCUGUUCUGUCCAGAGGACUCUUGGGGUCAGGAACCGUUGAGUGCCAGCACCCUUGGGCCGGGGCUGGAUGCCCCUCGGGGACAGCCAGCCUGGCUGUGGUCUUGGCCGGCUGAUGGAGCCCUUUGUGGGAGCUCCAUCAACACCUGGUCUGGUUGAGGGCACCCCACCCAGCCCUGCACCCACCCCUGAACCUUUCACCCACCCCAGGCAGGCAGGCCCUCUGCCCCUGGGGCGGGGGCGGGGGCAGGAUCUCUCAGGUUGAACUGGCCUCUUUUGCACUGUAAUGCCCUCCCUUUGGUCUGAGUACUUUCCAUUCGCAUGCCUCGUACUCCAUGAACCCAGCAUUUGUCAGUCGGGGGGGAGGCCUGAAC